AUGUUUGUUUCACCUCCACCAACAUAUUUAAUUAGGCAGUCCUCACAUAAGAAACAAUCUAAAAAGAAGGAUGCACAAACUAUUAAUAAUAAUGAAAUGUAUAGUGAAUGUGAAGUAUCCUCUUCUGCAUCUUCAAUGAAUUCAAAUAUAUCAAAUCAUUCAAAUGGUCAUAUUAGUAACGAAGAACAACAACAAGCAUUCCAUAUUCCUUCCUUAGCUAGAAAAGAAGCUAAUUUUGUUAGUGCACCAACAGAGUAUGCUGAUAGAGCAAGAGUAGAAAUUAGAAAACGUUUAUUACAACAAUCUCCAAAUAAUAAUAAUAAUAAUAAUAAUAAUAAUAAUAAUACGAAACAUUUGGAUAGAAUUAAAUCUCAUCAAUCUUCAAAUGCAUCUAUACAACAACAUUCUAUUGAUAAUGAAAGUAUAUUUUCAGAUAAUGCUUCAUCAUAUCAAUCAAGUAUAUUUUCUGCACCAACAACAGUACAAACACAAGUAUCUCAAUAUUCCAAUAAUAGCCUCUUACAACAUCAACAAAAAUUCGUGACUCAUUUGACAUUGGAAGAAGCUUUACCAAAGACAUUUUUCGAUAUGUAUGCACCAGAAUUGUUUACACAGGAUCCAUCCAAAAUUUUAUAUAAUGGAAGACCUACUUUUACGAAAAGAGAAUUAUUAGAUUGGGAUUUAAAUGAUAUCAGAUCUUUAUUAAUAAUAGAUCAAUUGAGACCUGAAUGGGGUAAUAAUAUACCAGAUAUUGUUACUAAUGAACGUAAUUUAGUAAAUUUUAGAUUUAUUCUAUUUCCACUAUGUUCUUCAGAUGAAUUUAUUAUUAAUAUCUUAGUUAAUUCAGAUCUAUACGUCGAAGCAAAUUUAGAUUAUGAAUUUAAAUUGACAAGCGCUAAAUAUACUGUUGCAGCUGCAAGAAAGAGACAUGAACAAAUGACAGGACGCAAUGAACCAAUGAUGAACUUAUCCAAACCCGAAUGGAGAAAUAUUAUUGAAAAUUAUUUAUUAAAUAUUGCCGUUGAAGCUCAAUGUAGGUUUGAUUUCAAACAGCAAUGUUCAGAUUUUAAGAAAUGGAAAAUUCAACAAACAAAUUUAAAGAAACCUGAUAUGCCUCCACCAAGUGUGAUUCCAAUGUCCAUGCAGCAUCGUAAUGGUACUGGUUCUAAUACAUUAUUGAAGAAAGCACUAAUGAAAAACAUGCAAAUGAAAAAUAUUCAACAACAACAAAAUAGUAUAGAUAAUGCUCUGCUCGCAGGGGAUAAUUCAGUUCCAGUACAAAAAGUUUCUUUAACUAAAGAAGAAAAAGCCAGCAUAUGGUCUCAUUGCCAAGCUCAAGUUUAUCAACGUCUUGAUUUGGAUUGGAAACCAGAUGGCGUCAGGUGA